CCCCGGUGCAGCAGCAGCAGGGUGGUGAUGGUGGUAAGCGUGCUUCUCUGCUGUGGGAAGAGCGCUUCUACUCCGCUCUGCCCUGUGAUCCUGUUGUGCGCAACAAAACAAAGUAACCCAUAAUCCGACGGGGAAGGAUUAAACAAACGCACUGGCGCUACGGAGAAUCAUAUCAUUGUGUACAUUGACCGGACCGGUACCUAGAGGUGAUAUUCCCCCACACUCUAUGUAACGUUAUUAUAGCGGCUAAUGAUUCGUUUUUGUUAGCUAAGCCGAGGCUUGCUUUAAGGUGGAAGUUUUCACCACAGUGACAAGUAACACACAGCUGAAACAGACACAGCGUGCCGCGGGCAGAGUCAAUGGAACCUCAGUUGCUGUGCUGUGAGGGGGACAGGCCUGCCAUCCGGAGGGCCUACCGGGACUCCAACCUGUUGACUGACCGGGUCCUGCACGCCCUGUUGCGGGCAGAAGAAAAGUACCUCCCCGCUGCCAACUAUUUCAAAUGCGUCCAGAGAGAAAUGGCUCCGUGUAUGAGGAGGAUCGUGGCUACCUGGAUGCUGGAGGUGUGUGAGGAGCAGAAGUGUGAGGAGGAGGUUUUCCCCCUAGCUAUGAACUACAUGGACCGCUUCUUGUCAGUUGAACCCACCAAGAAGAACCAUCUGCAGCUAACUGGAGCUGCCUGUAUGCUCCUGGCAUCCAAACUGAAGGAGACGAUCCCACUCACUGCUGAGAAACUCUGCAUCUACACAGACAACUCUAUCACACUUUCUCAGUUGCUGCAAAUGGAGCUGCUGGUUUUGAACAAGCUGAAGUGGGACUUGGCCUCAGUAACUCCUCUCAACUUCAUUGACCACUUCCUGUCACAGCUGCCUGUCAGGAGAGAGAACAGGCCCAUACUCCGGAAGCAUGCUCGUACCUUCGUGGCAUUGUGUGCCACAGAUGUUAAAUUCAUAGCCAGCCCUCCGUCGAUGGUAGCAGCAGGCAGCAUGGUAGCAGCAGUGGAGGGCUUACAGAUGACGAUGGUGGGCAAUGCCAUGAUGUCUCAGAAACUGACAGAGCACCUGGCCCAGACCAUCAGGAGUGACCCGGACUGUCUCAGGGCGUGUCAGGAACAAAUCGAGUCGCUGCUGGAAACCAGUCUCAGACAGGCACAACAACUGCAACACUCAGUUACCAUGGAAACUAAGAACAUCGGUGAGGGGCAGGACCUCUCGACUACACCCACAGAUGUCCGGGACAUAAACAUCUGAUGAAGUGCCUGCUGAGCUGAUUAAGUGGACGGUCAUCUUUGACACACACAUACAAAAACACACAUGGCUUUGUUUUCAUGAUGUGGUGUGUUUUGGAGAGCUUACAAGUGACUGGACUGGACUCAACAGUAUAUCCGAACUGUCAAUAUGAAGUCCUGUAUGAACUGUGCGGGGAACCAAAGGGAGAUGCUCACUAAACACAAUCACGUCCAGGACAUUGAUAGCCUUAAGAGGAA